CCUUUUAAUAAAAUUUGUGCGACAUGAAUUGAAAAUUCAGACUAGCCGGAACCCCAAAUCCCAAUAGAGUACUGCACACAAACUGAAAAACAAUAUACUAUAAUAUAUACAUUAGAUUUUUGCCGAACUGAAAGGUAGAUACAGUUGACUUGUUCUUUCAAUCACAUUGCUUUCAAUGGAGUUUACUCUGCCAGUUUCCUUCCUUAUCUUGAUUCCAUUUUUUGUACUCAUCCUCAAACAAUUCAUACCAAAAUCAGGAAAUCUUCCACCAGGACCUCGACCAUGGCCAAUACUAGGAAAUAUUCUCCAGUUGGGGAAAAACCCUCAUAUUUCCAUGACACAAUUUGCCAAAAUUCACGGCCCAUUAAUUUGUCUCAGGCUGGGAACUCAACUUGUUGUCAUAGCUUCAUCCCCUGAUUCCGCAGCUGAAAUUCUCAAGACUCAAGAUCGUCUGCUCUCAGCUCGGUCCGUGCCCCGAGUUGCUCCAUAUAAACUCUCUGUUAUUGAUCAACACUCAAUUGUCUGGUCCAGUGAUUUAACCAAUCACUGGAAAUCUUUAAGGGCAUUCUGUCGAACACAUUUGUUCUCAGCCAAAGCAGUUGAGUCACAAGCUGAUUUGAGGGAGAAAAAAGUGUUUGAAAUGAUAGAAUUUCUUAGGUCCAAUAAAGGGAAAACAGUUAAGAUUUCUGAAAUUCUGUUUGCUACCAUUUUGAACACGCUUGGUAACCUAUUCUUUACAAAAAAUUUAUGUGAUUUGGAUUCUGAAGGGAACACUAGUGGGAUCAAACAUGUAAUAAGGAAAUUUGUAGAAUUGGGAGCUAUGCCAAAUAUAUCAGAAUUCUAUCCUUUUUUGGAUGCUCUUGAUUUGCAGGGUUUGAGAAAGCUGACAAAUAUAUAUCAGGAUCAAUUGAUAAGCAUUUGGGCUGAAGUUGUCAAGGAAAAAAGGCAGGCAAUUAGUUGUGGGAGCUCCAAUAAAAAUCAAGAUUUUUUGGAUAUCAUGAUUGAUAGUGGAUUCUCGGAUUUACAGAUCAAUAUCAUAUUAAUGGAAUUAAUUGCUGCGGGUACAGACACUACUACCUCAACAAUUGAAUGGGCAAUGGCAGAGUUGCUUAGGAGCAAGAAAGUUAUGCACAAACUUCAAGCUGAGAUCAGAAGUACGAUAGGGAGCAAUGCCAAUAUAAGAGAAUCCAACAUCAGUGAACUUCCAUAUUUAGCUGCUUGUGUCAAGGAGACGUUGAGAAUCCAUCCGCCAACUCCAUUCUUGGUUCCUCGUCGUGCUCCUGAGACGUGUAAGCUUAUGAAUUUCACCAUCCCAAAGAACUCGAGGUUGUUUGUGAACGUUUGGGCAAUAGGGCGCGAUUCUAAAACUUGGGAAGAUGCGUUAUCUUUCAGACCCGAGCGAUUUCUUGACUCUAGUGUGGAUUCUAGGGGUCAAGAUUUUGAGUUUAUACCAUUUGGUGCAGGGAGGAGAAUAUGCCCCGGCUUUUACCUUUUGCUAGACAAGAAGUACACUUGAUUUUAGCUAGUUUGAUCCAUCACUUUGAGUGGUCAGUUCCCAAUGGUGAGGAUCCAAUGCAGUUAGAUAUGGGAGAAAAGUUUGGUGUUACUCUUCAGAAAGAAAAACCUCUACUAGUUGUCCCUAGAUAACAUGUAUCUUCACUUAACCUCAUUUAGCAGUGAGAGAGCUGUAGCAAGAUGCAAGCGCCUACUGAAUGAAAAUAAAUUAUCUCAAUUUGGUGGUUCAUUACUGGCUUUUCCUGGAUAUCAGAAUUCUCUAUAAAUCAAUUAUGAGUUUAAAUUGUAUAAUUGACAGAGUAAAGACAUCACAUUUUCUUGAGCCGAAGGUCUAUCGGAAACAGUCUCUCUACCUCACCAGGUAGGGGUAAAGUCUGCGCACACACUAUCCUCCAGGCCCCACUUGUGGAAUUAUACUGGGUAUGUUGUUGUUGUUGACAGAGUAAAGGCAAUUUUAUACUAUCA